GUGGUGAGGCUGCAUCGUAGAGAGAAUAUCAACCAUCUGAGUCCAACUGGGACCUACUGUUGCACCAUACCAACAACUAAUGCAGGGGAAAUAACCAUCUGUGCUAAAUUGGUCUCGUGCCUGUCCCUCCCUCCCCUGACCAAUGGGAUGAUCUCCUACUCUGAUCCAACACUGGGUGCAGGAAGUGUAGCUACCUUCAUUUGUGAGCCUGGAUAUAUAAUAAAUAAUGACAGUAGUAGGAUAUGUGGAGAUGAUGGAAUGUGGAGUGAGUCCAGUCAACCAAACUGCGUUGCCACCCUAACGGCAAUGGUCUGUCCUGAAUUGAUGGAUCUAGUCAACGGAACUAUCAUGUAUAACAUGGAGACCAUUAACAACAGAUCAGUGGGCACUGUGGCCACCUACACUUGUAACCCUGGAUACACUCUCAAUGGAGACAACACUACGAUUUGUGAGAGUGGGGGGAGUUGGAGUGAGUCAGAUCAAACUUGUGAAGCCAUUGUAUGUCCUCCUCUACUAACCAUUACCAAUGGCACCAUAUACUACUCUCCUAAUGUCAGUACUCCUUACUUUGACCUGGAAACUUAUGCAACCUAUAUUUGUGAGGCUGGAUUCAAUAUCAAUAUCAUUAAUCAGGUACGAACGUGUAUAGACGAUGAUGGAUUGGACGCCAUUGGAAUGUGGAGUGGCCAGGAACCAAGCUGUGUCUUCAUCACUUGUCCCUCUCUUCUCCCUGAUAAUUCCCACACCUCAAUAAUCUACCUAAGUGACAACACCACACCACCUUUCCCCUAUGGAACACGAGCGAAUUAUACCAUCGACUGCCCUGAGGGCAUGGAGAGGGACGGAGGAGACGAUGUGAGGACUUGUAUUCGUAAUGGCAGUAGUGCAGUGGGUAUGUGGAAUGGAACUGCUCCAACCUGUACAGCCACAGAUACAAUGGACUGUACUGAUCUGAUGGAUCCUGUCAAUGGAGGUAUCACUUACGAUAUUGGCACCACUGGUAACAGACCAGUGAAAACUGUGGCCACGUACGUCUGUGAUACUGGCUACAUGCUCGAGGAAGAUGCCAACACCACUAGAACUUGUGAUAGUGCAGGGAGAUGGAGUGGGUCAAAACCAGAACCAUUUUGUACAGCAAAACAGUGCAGAAAAUUGUCUCCGCUGAAAAAUGGAACGAUCAUGUACAAUGCUAGUACUCCUUAUUACCUGAAUACCACAGCACUGUACAAGUGUAAUGAUGGGUAUUUCCUGGAGGGAAAAUUUCAGAGGAACUGCACUGCUGGAGAGGUGGACAAUAUCAAUGGGUUGUGGACAGGACACGCACCAACAUGUACCCCUAUUCAGUGUCCCUCAAUUGAUGCUCUCGAACCGAUUACCGAUGGAUCCAUCACAUACGCUCCUGAUAUGGUUGCAGACUUUGAUCUGGGCACUGUGGCCACUUAUGCCUGUGACGCUGGAUUUGUUCUGGACCUCUCCCUAGGGAGAUCUGAGAUGAGAAUGUGUGUGGAUGAUGAUGGACUGGAUGCCAUUGGAGUGUUUGAUAGACAGGCUCCAAGAUGUGUUCCCAUCACUUGUACCCGUCUCCCUGAUCAUACCCACACUUCAAUAACCUACUCUACUGACACCACACCACCUUUUCUCUUUGGAACACGAGCAAUGUACACCAUCAGCUGCCCUGAGGGCAUGGAGAGGGACGGAGGAGAUGAUGUAAGUAUUUGUACUGGUGAUGGCAAUAGUACAAGUGCAGUGGGUGUGUGGAGUGGAACUGCUCCAACCUGUACAGCUCAGAAGGUGUAUCUAUCUCAUGGGGACACACUCUACUAUGUCAACAAUAGUGCCAUCAUCAUUUCAAGCAUUAUGACAACAGACAACAAAUCCUUGACCUGUCACACUGACUCAACCACUUGUUGUAGAGGUGAUGACAAUCCAGUGGAAUCUAAUGGUUUCGGACAGUGGCUGUUUCCUAAUACAAUGAAGAUUGCCCGGCAGAACAGUAUCACUGGUAGUGGGUUCUAUUGGAGGAGAGACUACCAAGUUGUCAGACUCUUUCGUCAAGGUGAUAUUCAGACUCCGCUGGGAACCUACUGCUGUAGAAUACCUGAUGGUACUGGAGAGAUGAGGACAUUCUGUGCUAACAUCAUUGCAAUACGAUGUGACCCGCUGAUGACUCCUCCUGAUAAUGGAAAUGUGAUUUACUCAAAUAAAUUGGACGAUGACAAUUACAUCUUUGGUACAGUAGCCACCUACACUUGCUCUCCUGGUUAUAGUCUGAGCAGUACUCAGAGUCGAACAUGUAUCACUGAUAAUGGUGGAGGGACAAUCGGGAGAUUCAGUGGGAAUGAACCAACCUGUGAUCGUAUCACGUGUUCUGCUCUUCCAAGCAUCACAAAUGGGUCCAUUAAUUACGCUAGUGGUACUACUGCACCAUACGACUAUGAAACAACAGCUACUUAUCAGUGCAACAAUGGACAUGUGUUAACAAGUGGAGAUAUUGUGAGGACCUGUACUGGUGAUGGUAGCAGUCAUAGUGUUCAGUGGAAUGGAACUGCCCCCUUAUGUCCACCUGUGGACUGUAGACCUCCUCCGUCUAUUACCAAUGGAUCUCCUGGGAUACCAACAACCACAAAAUUCACAGGGAGAGUGACCUACACCUGUGUCACUGGAUAUUGGAUAUCUCCCAGAGUCACCACAGCAACGGCUACCUGUAUGGCUGACAGGACCUGGAGACCUCUGCCAACUUGUUCACUUGUUGACUGUGGCUCUCCUCCCACUGUUCCCAAUGCAUCUCCAGAAACCUACCAAGGGACAGUGACCUACACCUGUGACACUGGGUAUGAAGUCUUCAAUGGAAUCACCGCAGCAACGGCUACCUGUCAGGAUAACGGAAACUGGAGAUCUCUACCAACUUGUACAAUUGUGAACUGUGGUGAUCCUCCCACUAUUCCCAAUGGAUCUCCUGGGACACCAACCAGCACAACAUUUGGAGGGACAGUGUCUUACACAUGUAAUAGCAAUAGAUAUCACAUGUCAGAUCCAGCCACUGUGACUUGCGAGGUUAGUAGGAGUUGGAGCACAAGACCAACUUGCUCAGCCAUCUGCAAUGACCAUCAAAUUGAAAACGGUGACAUCGACUAUGAUCCUAAUACCACACCGAGAACAGAGGGAGCCAUUGCCUUGUACUCAUGUGUGUCUGGUUACCAGCUGUCUGGUGUGAUAUUUAGGACCUGUGUGGACGCUCGUAGUGGAACGGGUGGUGUGUGGACUGGAUCAAUACCAAGCUGUAAAGCAAUCUGUGUUAGUCUCACCCUCACCCAUGGAGUGAUCAGUUACAGUCCAUCUACUACUCCCAGACUGGAGGAUACUGUGUCUACACACAGCUGUGGUGAGGGAUACGGACUGUUUCCUAGCGUGACAACGAGAACAUGUCAGCCUGACAGGACAUGGAGUGGAGAGGACAUCACUUGCCAACGUAUCAUGUGCUCUGCUCUCCCUAAUGUUACGAAUGGGACGAUUGAUUACCCUAGUGGUACUACUGCAUCAUAUGACUAUGAAACAAUAGUUAGAUAUCAAUGCAACCUUGGACAUGUGUUAACAAAUGGAAACAGAGCGAGGACCUGUUCUGGUGAUGGUAGCAGUCCUAGUGGUCAAUGGGAUGGUACUGCUCCUCAAUGUCCACCUGUGGAUUGUGGGACUCCUCCGUCUAUUACCAAUGGAUCUCCUGGGAUACCAACAACCACAACAUUCACAGGGACAGUGACCUACAGCUGUAAUGAUGGCUAUGCACUCUUUGGGAUUGCUACAAGUACUUGUCAGGCAAAUAAUUCCUGGAGCAGACCACCAGAAUGCAGAGCCAAUGUAACUGCACUGGCCUGUACUGAUCUGAUGGAUCUAGUCAAUGGAGGUAUCACUUAUGAUAUGGAGACCAUUAACAAUAGACCAGUGGACACUGUGGCCACCUACACCUGUAACGUAAGCUACACUCUCAUUGGAGGCAGUACCAGGACUUGUGGGAGUGAUAGAGUGUGGAGUGGGUCAGAUCCAGUGUGUGAAGCCGUUGUGUGUCCUUCUCUACUGACCAUUACCAAUGGCACCAUCUCCUACUCUCCUGAUGUCACCCCUGACUAUGACCUGGGAACUGAGGCAACCUACACUUGUGAGGCUGGAUUUUAUCUUGAGGGUAAUGAGGUACGAGUGUGUAUGGAUGAUGAUGGAAUGGACACUAUUGGAGUGUGGAGUGGUCAGGAGCCAAGCUGUGUCACCAUUGAGUGUCCUUCUUUACCGGAUAUUACAAAUGGUAUGGUAUCCUACAAAUCUGACAAUUCGGAUAACUUAGCCCUGAGAACUGUGGCCACCUACAGCUGUACCGCUGGGUUCUUCCUGGAUGUGUCUGAAGGAGAUGAAGUUAGGACCUGUUUAGACGAUGAUGGAAUGGACACCAUUGGAAUGUGGAGUGGUCAGGAGCCAAGCUGUGUCUUCGUCCCUCCUCCUAUACGCUCAGUGUUGUUCCAACUCAGGCUCACCAACAUUAAUAACUGUCCUGACUGGGUGGACCAGGAUGGGAGGAUAGAAGCUGUGAUGAGUGCGUUUGCUAUCGAGGUGAAGAGCCACUGUGGGUGUGGUUUCUCAAGCAUGGUCAUGACUGCCCCUCUCUUCCGCUGCUUCCCUGGGUCGGACAGAGCUGUCACAUUCCAAGCUUUUCUAUCCGAUUCCAGGCUCCUCACUCCUAUACAGGACUGGAUACAAACCAAUGGAUUCAUUCCCAUUCAGAAUGUACUGAUUGAGGUGGACAAGUCUUGUCCGGUGCAGAUAUCGAGCCUUGCAGACACAGAGUGCACCAAUCAGCCUACAGCUGCAGGGAGCAGUGACAUAGCCGCUGUGGUUGGUGGAGUGGUGGGAGGAGUUGUCAUUGUUCUUAUCAUUGUAGUUGGCAUUGUUGUGAUAGUGAUUGCUUAUUUUGUGUUCAAAAACAAGAGAGAGAAGCUAACCGUCAACAAAACAGCUAAACCUGACCUACCACCAGUGUCACUAAAGGGUGUGGUCAAUACUAGUGAAAUACAACCAUACGAGAUGAUGGAAAUGGGUCACGAAUACGAGGAAGUGUCGAAGUUCCAACAAGUCGUCGGUGGAGAGUACGAGAUCAUUGGAGCACCCUCACAGACAACUGGCUCCGAGAGCAAGGCUGCUAUAAAGACCGAGUCAUCACCACCCACUCCACCCACACCACAACCCUCACAAGUGACUAAGGCUGCCGGAAAUGAUAUUGAGUUUACAGAGUGUGUUGCUUACAGCACGACCACCCACAGUCCCCCCCCACAGCCUACAGGCUUAUGAACUAUAACAUGAAACUGCAAACUGAUAGUAAUACUGUUGACUGCUCUAUAGCAAUUGUUAAUGAUACGUUUAUUUGCUUGUAUUUGCAUGCAUGGGCCUUUCUUGGCUAUUAAACUUU